CGAACCGAUAUCCGAAUUUCCGAUUGACCUCCUGAUCUUCCACAUAAUUGUCCCCGCAACCUUUACUUUGGCAAAACCGAAACGUUUAUUUCGAACUCUGUUCGAGAAUUGGUGGCACAUUACUUCGCAUCGCCUGAGAUUAACAUCAUUCAUGUUUGGUGGUGAACGACGUUACGACGAAGAAGGCACCCAUGUCCGUAAGACAUGGCGUGCUGUUUUUCUAAAUCUCAAGGCGCCUUUGGACGGUACAGGUGAUGAAAAUGACGAGGUUGUAUUCGUUAGGGAUGGUGUGCUGGUUAGGGCUCCCGGUUAUGAUGGUGUACCGGUGAUACCUGGGAAACGGAUGUUGAUACCGGUAAAUGAAGAUGGUACCUUACUGAAUCCUGAGGACGCACCAAUAGACGAUGAUCUCGGCUACACAAUUGUUUAUACUCCUCCUAAUUUUAAAGCAAGAAUUAUUGGGCGUGGCGUUCGACACUUAAACAUUCGAUUGGCGACUACCGUAUUUGUCAUCCCUGUAGGGGGUUCUGCGUUGGCGGCUGUUAUAUUACCUGCACUGACCGCUUAUGUGAUAAUCAGCUUGUUUGCCAUCAAAAAUGCUGCUACUGCAGCUAUUAUCCAAAGAUACGUAUAUCCGAUUUUUCUGGCGAUGGUAUUUGGUUAUAGACUUCAACGACAAACAACUCAACUGAUACAAAAUUGGAUGCAGACAGUCAGGGAUGAGGAAUACUUGAUUGGUCGACGAUUACAUAAUAUUGAACCUAAUGAACAGGAGAAUGUUUCUGGUAGCUCUCGAAAUGCGUCGGUCGGUCCAGUAGCGGAAUAG